AUGAUAUCGUUCGGGCAGCUUCAGUGGUUCCACGUGCAGGCGAUCUCGGACCAUGGCAACCAGUAUCAGACCCCUCCAGACAAUCAGAGGUCGCCAAUGAAUGACAUGACCAACUACCAUGCGGGCCCGCACGUGCAGCACGAGGCAUCAGCCAGCAGGAAACAAUCAUUCUCAUCCGACUGCUCGGACGUUACAUCAGCCGUGUUUGCAGCCCUUCAUCCAAUCGCAGAUGACAUUGGCUACCAUGACAGCACGCCGUCUGAUUACCGUUCCUCAUGUUUGCACUCACAGACGCCCCCGCUGACGAGUCAGCUGCGACUGCCUUCCAUCCGGACGUCGCACGUGGCAGCCAACGUCAUGUCAGAGGAGCUUGACCUCGGCUACUCUAGCUUCUCCGACGCCGCCUUCCUUCCGGAAGUAGCAGACCUCACGAACGUUUCUAGUGACUCUGACGACUUGUUUGAUGUCAUAUCGCCGUCCUUCGAUGAUAUGAUAGACGACGUUUUGUGCGACAUCGACAGGCAACAGGAACAGUACCGAGCUCACGUUGAUUUGCAUCUACCCGAAACCAAGGAAAACCCUCUGUUGUCGGUCAGCCCGUCACUUCCACAGGACAUGUCCCUCUACCCGAGACAGACCUACCAGCCGGACGUGCAGCCCCUAUCCCCGUACACCACCUACAAUCCGUCGUCCGUCACCAGCCCACCACUGCUGCCUACUGUUAACACUGACAACCUGGCCAUCUUUUGUGGCGUAUGCGGCAAAUCCUUCCAGACUCGAGCCGCUCUCAAGAUGCACACGACCACUCACCACGGGACCCGGCCCCACAGUUGCCCUUACUGCAACAAGAGUUUCACCCAGAAGUCCACGCUGCGCACACACAUCCGGGUCCACACCGGGGAGAAACCGUACACCUGCGAUCACUGCACGCGCGCGUUCAGCGACUACAGCACGUACCGGAAACACGUGCGCAUCCACACGGGUGAGCGGCCGUACGUUUGUGACGUCUGCAAGAAGGGAUUCACGCAGUCCGGCAACAUGUUACGUCACCGAGAGGUCCACUUCAAGAAGCAGAAAAAGUGA